GUUCCCCUCCCGGUCUGUAGGGGGCGCUGUAGUAUUGGACGUUUUGUCUAAACUGUCAGCCAUCUGCCGCAGUCAGUUAGAUCCAAAGGGAAUGGAAAAUGGAGGACUGAAUGAAGAAAAAUGAGGGCACAGCAUUUGUAAAAUGUAGGCUUUGGAGAAGAGGAUUGUAAGCAUGAAACAGAGUUCAAAACUGAGCCAAAAUGUGGCCACACAUUUUCUAGAGUAGCCAGAUACGUCUUUGAAGACCAAAAGUACUGUAAAGAAAACGUUGGGUUUUCAUCAGUCAACUGUUGCCACAAGAAAUGCCAGGCGAGACUGUGACUGAUAGCCCUGACACCCGCUGUCCAGUACGGCGAAGUGGCAGACAGCCGAAGCGUACUGACAAGCUUGAGGAAUUUCUCUCAACUGCCAAAAGAGGAUCAAGAAAGAGCGCUCCCCCAAGUGGGGAAACUGGAGAUCCUCCCUCUCAAACUCCAACUGAUGCAGAGACUGCUUCAGAAGCAAGCUUUGAUGGCAGCGUUGAAUUCAAGGCUGCAGAGGACAAAACAGAUUCUCCAGAGAGGAAGACGAGAAGUGCUACAAAGAAACAGGCUCAAAAGAAACCGCAGAGAGGAAUGCAGACCCGACGGAGUGGCAGAGCCGCAGUCAAGGAUGAGGGAAGCUCUGAGAACGAGGAGGAGAAUAAAGAUGAAAUCAAGAAGGAUCCAGAUCAGGGUGAAGGAAACGAAGACAAAAAAAGUGACCCUGAUGUUGUAGAGAGCAACAAUGCAACACAGCCUCAGCAUGAGCAUGACUCUAAGAAUGAGGAGAAGCCUGAGUCUGAAGUGACAAAUGAAAAAAUUGAAGACUCUGAGGACAAACCUGCACUUUUAACAGAAAGAAGUGGACCAUUAAGAACGUAUGUCAAUAAAAAGAGGGCUGCAAAAAAGAACAGUCCACCUGCCAGAGUUGUUGUGAACAAAAACACUGCACCCAUUAAACCCCAAAUUACUGUUAAGACGAGCAAGCCCCAAAUGGAAGAGGAUGAAGAUGAUGAAGAUGAUGAUGACUCAUCGUCAUCUUCGUCACUAGAGGAAUCGGAUGAAGGAGGCUAUGACCCCAAUGCAUUGUACUGCAUCUGCCGUCAGAAACACAACAAACGAUUUAUGAUUUGUUGUGACCGCUGCGAGGAAUGGUUCCACGGGGACUGUGUCGGAAUCACAGAGGUCCGUGGACGCCUGUUGGAAAGAAACGGUGAAGAUUACAUCUGUCCCAACUGCACUGCAAAGAAAAACCAGCUGGUCCGACCUGCCACAUCCAUCCUGUCCACCAGUGCGGAUGCAGCCAAGUCCAGAGCAGACACCGUCUCUGCAGCUGGCUCUUCUGCCGCUGCUCCCUCCUCUGCUUCUUCUGAAAAAGCUGCUAUCAGUGGUGCAAACAUUCAGACUGCAGCUCUGCCAUCCUCCACAGCAAGUGGGGCAGAGGAGAAAGCAUCAGAGGACCUGGGCAUCAAAGGGAGGAUAGAGAAGGCUACAAAUCCAACUGGAAAAAAGAAGAUAAAGAUUUUUCAGCCGGCGGUUCAGCUGGCAGUUCAACCGAAGGCAGAGCAGAAGGCUUCACCCGCUGCAGAAACCAAGGCUUCCUCAUCGGUUGAACAGAAAGCAUCACCAGACUCAGAGCAGAAGGUCGCCUCGGUGGUGGAGGUGGAGGUGAAGACAUCACCAGAAGUGGAGGUGGCAGAGGACAAGUCCGGGCAGAAGGCUGAGGUGGACACUUCAUCUCCAAAGUGUAUUGGACCUGGUUGUGCUAAAAAUGCUCAGCCAGAUUCUGUGUACUGCGGCCACGACUGCAUCCUGCGACAUGCCGCCGCUGCCAUGAAGUCCAUCAGUGAUGUCAAAGAGCCCAAGGAUAAGGCUCCCAUAACCAAGUCCACAGCAAAGGUGAGCAGUGCCGCUGGAAGGAGGACGCGGAGGAAGACGCAGGAGGAGUCGGACAGCGAGGAGUCCAACAGUCCCGACCCGGAUGAAGAUGAUGAGGACGAGCACGCGGAGGAGCACCCGCCGUCUCCGGCCACAGCUUCCUGGUCCAGCGAUCAUAAUUACAUUGCCGUAACACCAGAAAAGACUACACCCAUAUCACCAACAGUGUUAAACAAAAAGUCUCCUCCCAAAGAAGAGAAGCAGGCUGUGAAGGAAGCGGCUCCAUCUUCUGAGAAGUCCAGCACCGGAUCAACCACGCAAAGCAAAUCCAAAGCAAAAAACAAGUCGCCAACAAGCAAAGCUGCAAAAGUUUCCCCCAAAGGGAAGAAACCUUCAAAUCCACCUGCGGACUCGAAGACAUCUAAGAAACCGGCAGCACCCCCGACCAAAACCCCAACGCAGUCCAAGAAAUCCAGCUCAUCGCCCACCCCCACUCCCUCCCCGUUUCCUCAAGGCCCGAUCCAUGUCACCGGAGCACUCCGAGUCACCAAGACCAACUUCACCAUCCCCAAGAAGCAGCCCCAAAAGGAUUCCAGCUCCCAAAGUCCAACCCCUUCUUCUUCUUCUUCAAGAACUCCGUCAGCUUCUUCCACUCCGCCCAUCCAGUCGUCGUCUUCCAGGUCUGCACAUCCACCUGCCCCGGUAUCCCCCAUGAGACCUCCACCCAACACCCAGAUGAGACAGAACAUCCGCCGCUCUCUGACAGACAUCCUCUUCAAGAGAGUGAGUAACAGCGAUGAUCUGAAAAUGACCGAGAGCGAGGUGGGAAGGCUGGCGUUUGCCAUCGAGAAGGAGAUGUUUAACCUGUGUCUCAGCACCGACAGCAAGUACAAGAACAAGUACAGAACCCUGAUGUUACACCUGAAGGAUCCAAAAAACAAAGGCUUGUUCUACAGGGUGAUAGGGGGUGAGGUCACGCCCUUCAGGCUGGUGCGACUCAGCGCCGAGGAGCUGGUUUCCAGAGAAAUGUCGGAGUGGAGGAGGCGGGACGCUCCUGAGUCCCAGUCCCACAGUGCGAGGGCUCAGUCAGGACAGACCCGACAGGGAAACAGGCACGAUCCUGGCUCCCACAGCACAGAUAUGGAGGAUGCUCCACCAACAUCGGAUGCAGAUGUAUGUAUUUCUGCCAACACCUCAGCUUCUCGCAUGGGUUCUGCUGCAGAACAAGAGGAGUCUGCCUCAACUCCUGCUCAGUCUUCUGCCGUCGACGGCAGCGGCGACAAUGUGGCGGAUGUUUUCAGCAGCAUGCUCAAAGACACCACAUCUGAACACAGGACUCACCUGUUUGACCUCAACUGUAAAAUAUGCACAGGUAUGAAAGCAGAGGAGGAACCUGCUGCUAAAAAAGCCAAACUCACCAAGAAGCCGGACACUAAGCCCUCCUGGCCAGAGUCACUUCCUUCCCGGCCAGCCGACGCCUCUCCCAUCACUCAAACACAAAGCUCCCCUGCAUAUCAGCAGCACCAGGGUUCUUCUACUUUUCCAUCCCAUCCGUCCAUCCUGGAACCAGCUGUUUCAGAACCACAACCGUCAGUCUACCAGGAGGAUCUCAGCUUGAUGGCCCCUCCAGUUCAGGCCCCUCCCACUGUGGCCCCCGCUGUGUCCUCCGUUAGCAUCAGUCGCAGGGACCCCCGUGUAGCCAGACACGCCUCUGUGGUAAAUCUUCCCCAAGCUGCCCCAGAAAAGCCCAACAUCAUUGUAGUGGAGCCUCUUCCAGCUCCUGUGGCUGCUCUGAUGGAGGCCGGAGUGAAAUCACUGCUGCCCAUGCCUCCAGCUCCACUGGCUCCGCCCGCUCCACCCGCUUUACUGACUGUGCCCAAGCCUUCAAAAACAAGUACUACUGAGCCCCCACCAGAAGGAGAAACUGCCAUCUUCCUCCACGGACAAGAAAAGCUGUGGAAAGGUUUUAUCAACAUGCAGUCAGUAGCCAAGUUUGUGACCAAGGCGUUCCUGGUAUCUGGAUCUUGUGAACACCUGAAAGAGGAUUUGCCAGACACCAUUCAUGUUGGAGGCCGGAUACCCCCCGGGACUGUGUGGGACUACGUUGGGAAGUUGAAAACCUCCCUCUCCAAGGAGCUGUGUCUGAUACGCUUCCACCCAGCCACAGAGGAAGAGGAGGUGGCAUACGUCUCACUGUUCUCAUACUUCAGCAGCAGGAAAAGAUUUGGUGUCGUGGCGAACAACAGAGGCCGCAUCAAAGACCUGUAUCUCAUCCCGCUCGGCUCAAACGACCCGCUACCCUCCAAACUGUUACCGUUUGAUGGGCCAGGACUUGAACCUGCUCGUCCCAACCUCCUGCUGGGGCUGCUGAUCUGCCAGAAGGACAGAAAGCGAGCCGGUGCUCAGCUGGAGUCCGAAGAUAAACGGUCCAAGAUCCAAACCAAAGAGGUCGAUGAAACUGGCCUGCCAAAGCUGCCAGUCCCGCUCAGAGCUGACAGGAGCACACGACAGAGUCUGGAAGCUUCCUUUAGUACAACUCCUCCGGGGUCGCCUCCAUCGAACUCCUCUGAGGCCACCGGCGGCGCUGCGUCAGCAGUUCUUCCCUUCCAACUGCCUGUCAAAGCUCCAGCGCCUUCCGCUGUUGGUCCGGUUCCCUCAUCUAGCUCUGCUGGUACCUCCGCAGCCGUCACCAAUCCUCUCCAGACUCUCCUCAAUACGCUUUUCAGGAAGAAGAAACACGACUCGGAUGCCUCCAACUCUCCGUCGGAUCAAGCUGCUGAACUCCCCCCGAGUUCGACAAUGUCAGAUCCUAUUGUGCAGCAGUUUGCACAGAAACCCAAAGAAAAUCUGCAAGAAGUGGAUGAAGACGACCGCCCAUAUGACCCAGAGGAAGAGUACGACCCCAGUAUGGGCUACAAUUUACCAAAGAAGCCUGUUGAGUUAGUGAAACCUGAGGUUUCAAAGGAGCCUGAAAUUGUAGCAAGUGAAUCUGAUGAUGUGGCGUAUGACCCAGAAGACGACUCCAUUUUUGAUGAGGUGAAAACGUUGGUACCAGGUCAAGCUCAGACUGCUGUUCCCUGUGUAGCAGAUCCACAAAAGAUCAUUGAGAACCUUAAAAGGAUUGGAGAUCAAGCGUUGCUGAAGUCUGAACAAAAAGCAUCCAUCACUGCCCCCAGUGUUCCAGUGGCACUAGUUGCCUCACCUGUUGAAUCCAUUUUGGCCAGCAGUCAGCUGCUGCAGCUUGGCAAGAAGGUUGAAGAACUAGUGAAGUCUUCCUCUGUGGCCCCUUUGAUCAACCAGAAGAGAGACCCCAGGCAGAGCAGGGAUCCGCGCCACACUGCAGAUGACAAUGUUUUAGAUCAGUCUGAAGAAAAAGAGGACGAGGCUGUUCCGUUGACCGAAUCGAUUCCUCCUUCAGAGCCUGUGGAGCAGGAGUCGUCGCAGCAGUGCGCAGCUGAAGCAGCAGAUUCUUUACAAAGCCAGGAGGUGUCACUGCUGCAAGAAGAGAAAGGCGACCCGAUGCCAUUCACGCCAUCCAGCAAAGAGGAAGUGACCAUUCCUUUACUGGGUGAGAAGAUAGACCCUGAUGUAGAGGUCAGCUACAUAGGUGAUGAAGAAGUGAGAUCUGAGGAGGAGCACACAAGCAGUAUAGAAGCCGAGGUCGACAAGUACAGUCUUUGGCCCAACGCUGCCAGUAUUCUGAAAUCUGGGGAGGACGACCAAAACAGCCAAGACGCCAGCAGUUAUCACAACGAGUUUGCAGAAUCGUCUGUCGUCACCUCCACCAUCCCUGUUCUCACUCAGAGCACAUUAAUGGCUGACAGCCAUCCACGUCACACGACGCAUCGCAUGCCGAGCUACGACGACGACUACAGUCCUGGAGCGGACAUUCCCCCCCAGUCCAACUUCCCUGCUCCUCAUUCCAUGCAGGGGCAGAACCUGAUAAUGAGGCCUCCCCCUGUGUCUGUGAUGCCCUCCAUGCAGGCUCCGUCUCCAAUGCCAGGGCACCCCCCUAUACACGGGCCCCCCCUGCACCUUCACAACCCCCCACCUGUACGCAGUCUUUCCACGAUGCAAGGGGAAAGUCAACAGUACGGCCCACGCCCUGCUUCUUACCCCCCCUACCAGAACCAGUGGCCCGCACAGCUACCUCCUGGACUCCCCCCACAGAACAUCCAUCCCCCCAGAGGGCCACCCCCACCUUUCCCUGCAGCUACACAGAGAGGUCCCCUACCACAAAUGUUUGAACCCUCUGUCACCGCUCCACAUAUAGGACAACAGGGCCCCCUUCCAGGCUUGCACCCACGUCCUACAUUUGAGAGUCAGAGCAACAUACCUCCUUCAAGAUUCUCUGGUCCUCCACCUCCUUUCAACUUUCCUGUAAACAGAGCUCCUCCUCCACCUUUCCAAGUGCCGCCACCUGUUCACUUUGAAAACAGGCUCCCCCCUCCAAACCUCUUUCCGGCCUCCAGAGGCCCCCCACCCUCUCAGUAUGCUGACCAGCAGUAUAACAAAGAGCUGUCUAACAACUCAUUUGGUACCAAUGUGGACUCGAGUCCAAAUGCACUCCGUUCGUUUAGUGACACUCAGGGUCCCCGUUACAGAGGACCGCCACCCAACCACUUUGAGGAGAGAAGAGGCCCUCCUUUGAGCGCGGAUCCAGGUGGGCAACAUUUCCCUUCACAAAGCCUGUUUGGAAACUCCAGAUCUAUGUCACCACCACGUCUGGGGUCAUUUGAGGAGCACAGAGGGCCCCCCACCCGAGAGCCAAGGCCCCAUCUGUCCCAGUCUUUUGGUGGGUCCGAGCGAUACCAUUUCAAUUGGCAGGAAGAUGACCAUAGACCCAUUCGCCACGGCGCUCCACUGUUGCCUGCCCCAAUGGAUGGCCCUCUUGGUCCUUCAAUUCGCCAUGGAGCCCACAGCCCAGACCACCACAGGGAAGACCUUUGGGCUCGCCAUUCCCCUGAAAUGAGGAGGAGGAGCAGCACUGCCUUUGACGACUCGAAACCUCAGGGGGGUGAACGCUUUAGUCGCUUUGAUGGAGAACUUGGUCCUGGCUCUGAAGACAGACAGCGAGAGCUGUCUGAGGACCGACGGCGAGACAGAGAGAAAGAAGGUCUUCACAGCAGUCGGUUGCCAUGGGACCGGGGACAGGAAACGCGCUGGAGUCGAGAGGGAGAAUGGGAUAGAGGAAGAGAAAGAGACCGGGACCAUGAACGCGGCCGAGAAAGAGACCGUAGCAGAGGGAGAGACGAAGAGGAAGAACGGCACAAGGAUCAGGACUCAGAAAAGAGGAGAGACCGAGAAAGAGAGAGAGAGAGAGCUCGGGACUCAGACCGGAGAGACCCUGAUCGGAGAGACUCUGAACGGAGAGACCCUGAUCGGAGAGACCCUGAACGGAGAGACCCUGAUCGGAGAGACCCUGAACGGAGAGACCCUGAACGGAGAGACCCUGAUCGGAGAGACCCUGAUCGGAGAGACCCUGAACGGAGAGACCCUGAUCGGAGAGACCCUGAACGGAGAGACCCUGACCGGAAGGACCCUAAUCGGAAGGACCCUGAUCGGAGGGACCCUGAUCGGAGAGAUUCUGAUAGGAGAGACCCUGAACGGGAUAGGGCAAGAAAUCGAGACCUGGAACGAGAUAGAAGACGUGAGAGGUCAAGAAGUCGGGAUCGAGAUAGAGACCGGGAUCGUGGGAGAGACCGUGGAAAGGACAGAGACCGGGACAGAGAUAGAGAGCGAGACAGGGACAAAGACAGGGAUCGGGACAAGGAGAAGGACAAGGACAAAGACAGAGACCAGGACAAGGAGAAAGACAAAGAUAGACAACGAGAGAAAGACAGGGACCGGGAUAAGGACCGAGACAAGGACAGAGACCGGGACAAAGACAGAGAUAGAGACCGAGAUCGAGACAGGGAUAAGGAUAAAGACAAGGACAGAGACAGAGACAAGGACAGAGAUCGAGACAGGGAUAGGGACAGAACACGAGACCGAGACAGACAUGAGGGCAGCAGAAGCAGAGAUAAGAAGGAAGAGAAAAAGGACAAUAAAGGUCCAAAGGAAAGAACAAAACCUGCAGAAAAUGAAAAGAACACUUCUUAGUCUUUGUGUAUUUGACAUUUAGUCCCUGUCUUCACUCAACUGUAACCAGUCAAACAAAUCUGUAGAUGUAGAUAAGCGGUGUGUCUUUACAUUUCCAUAGACAUGUUCUGUUAGCUAAGAAAAAGACUAUUUGUAUUCUUCGUCACUUGAAGUUUCUACAUUAGUUUUAUCUUGAAAAACAAAAAAGAGCAACCUUAAGUUACUUUUCUGCAGGAUUGCAGAGUAGGUCGAGUCCCAUCACAUGUACCUUUUUCUUGAUUCUUUUUUCUUUUUUUUAAUACAAUGGUAAUGUAACUGAUUAACACACCACCUACAAAAUGUAAAUAUGAACAUAUUUGUGUAUAUACUGAUGUUUUUAAAUCAUACUUUUCUAAGUUGACAAAAUAAAAGCCAUAUAUAGAAAACGGAUCAUUUGAAGGCCACACUGUUGAGUCUGUGUUCUAUAGCUUUGUACUCAAAAGCUUUUACUGUCUAUAGUGUACACAGACCUGAAAUAUUAGAUGUCGAUGAAAAUGUGCAGAUUUUCUUUCAGCUCAUCCAAUUAAACAGUUUGGAAAAAAUUGUGUUUUUGUUGCGCUUUUAUUUUGCCUUCUCAUUUAGUCAGCACUAGAAGUUGAUCAAGUUUGAUAAAAAAAAAAAAAAAAA